AUGGCGCCUAAAGCUCGGAGGGUUGCAGCUGUGCACGACGCUGGCGAGCGCUCGCCGUUGCUCAGCGCCAAGCAGCAGCCUGAAAGUUAUGUGACAAUCCCCGACAGUCACAAAGAUACUGCACUUGUAUCGGAGCCCGAUGUCGCCCAGGAGCUCCGCACUUUACUAUCUCUGGUCUACCCCGUCGUGCUGACAACGGGGCUGGAAUUCCUGCCAGGCUUCACGUGCAUCAUUUUGGCUGGGCACAUCGAGUCUCAUCACACGCAACAAUACGUGGAUGCCGCCACGAUGUCCACGAUGUUCAUGAACAUUACAGCCUUUUCUGUGGGUUCUGGUCUGUCGUCGGCGUUGGAUACGCUGUGCUCUCAGGCGUACGGCGCCAAGCGGUUCGACAAGAUCGGACUCUACUUCCAAGCUGGCUGCAUGGUCAUUGCAACGUGUUUCGUCCCGAUUUGCCUGCUGAAUUGGUACUCGGAGCACUUUUUGCUGCUGGUGGGGCAGGACCCAGAGGUGUCGAGACUGGCGCAGAGUUUCUCGCGGUGGGCCGUUCUGGGCGUGCCAUUUGUGUUCCUGUAUAAAUUAUUGCGGAAGGUGUUGCAGGCGCAGAAUAUUAUGAAGCCGUUGGUUGCCAUUGCGGCCAUCGGUGCCAUGGUGAACGCCGUCUCCGGCUACGUAUUGACGUACCAUACGUCCAUGGGAUUCGAGGGAAUUGCACUGUCCAGAUCACUGGGCAACAUGGCCCUCCCGUUGCUGUUGGUGCCGUAUUUUUACUAUCAGCCACACCACUUGAGUCAAUGGUGGAGGGGUUGGAAUCUCCAGAAGGCCCAAACUCACGUGGGGAUGUUCUUACGUCUAGGAGUGCCGAGUCUUCUGAUGCUUACGUUCGAAUGGUGGGCGUUCGAGGUGCUCACGCUGAUGUCUGGCGUCCUCCCGAACCCUGUCGUAUCCGUAAGUGCGCAUGCGGUGCAGGUGAAUGUGAACAACAUGAUCUACAUGGUGUUCUGGGGGCUUGCAGUUGCUGCGAAUGUUCGGAUUGGCAACUGUCUGGGUGCAAAUUCACCUAAACAAGCGAGGCUAGCGUGCAAGGUUGCUCAAUUAUUGGCGCUCGCGAUCUCAGUUGCGUUUGCUGUGGUCAUGUACGUGUUCCGUGCCUCGAUUCCAAGCCUUUUCCUGACGGACCAAGAGAGUAUUGAGCGAUCGGCGAAUUUGCUGGCGGUUUGGGCACCAUUCGAGAUACUCGACGGGCAAAACACCGUACUUCAGGGUGUUUUCCGAGGCCUAGGCAAGCAGAAGGUCGCGGCUACUAUCAGCGCGGUGGCCUAUUACGUGUGUGGAAUCCCGGCAGCGGCGUUGUUCAGCUUUUAUUUUGCGUUGGGUGUUGAGGGUCUGUGGCUCGGAUUUGGAGUUGGAGUUUUCGUGUCAGUCACACUGCUGGUGUGCAUGUUGGUGGGGCGCUGGUCGUGGACGGAACUCGCAGAAGACGCCCAGAAGCGCACAGCACGCUAA